AUGGCAAAUAUGAUCGUCAUCUUUCUUUUGCUUGCGAUCUUUCCUUCAAUUGAAGCCUUAACUUGUCCUAAAUACCAAUGCAAGGCAAAAGAUUAUCCUUUCCCUGAUCCUAGCACCUGCAUGAGCUAUGACGAAACAAAUGGCAUUUAUUAUGUCAACCCUUGCAAUUAUGGGUAUUAUUGCCCAGCUAUGUUGGCUGAAAAAUCAGCGAACUGUACAAGGCCACUUCCUUCUCCACCUCAUGCCAAAUUAGCAGGCGAUUACGUAAUGUACAAAAUACUAUAAUUUUAUUAAAAAAUUUUUAAUAUAACAAUAAAAUCACAAUAAUUAACCUCUUAAAGAAUUUUAUAUAUAAUCCAGGCGAAUCUUGCUUUUACGAUGAAGACUGCUAUUUAAAUAACACCUGUGUAAAUGGGUAUUGCAAAGGACAUCUAGAAAACCAUUCCUGCUUGAACCAUACAGACUGUGACGUCGGCUUAAGAUGUCAUCAAGAUACCUGUAUAGCUCAAAUCCCUGCAGGAGAAAAAGGCUGCAUUGAAGACUCUGAUUGUGUCAACAAUGCAGGCUGUGAUAUAGUGAGCUCUAUAGACCCUACAGUUAAUACCUGCAAAACUUAUUUUUCAAUCAGCAACGAAGACCCUGUCAACCUUAACUGUACCACAGCAGGUGACGUUAACUAUUUAUGCAAAUCCGGGUUCUGCAUUGAGUUAAACAAAGGAGAUACCCCACAAUGCUACACAGCCCCUAAAUCAAGCAAAAAAAUCCCAACCUCUUGCACCGCAGAUACUGACUGUGUCUCAAAAACAAUUGGAAAACUUAAUAAAAGCUUUAAUACAGAUUGCUUAUGCAGCUACACCAAAGCCGGUGGCGGCGUAUGUGACAUUUUCCCUGGGGAUUCCCCAUAUGUCAAAUAUUCUGACAUAAUAAAAUCCUGGACUAAAAGCAAAGGGAUUUUGAAAUGCAAUACAUAUGCAAGGUUCAGCGAAAACUGUAUGGACACUUGGUGGGAAAAAAAGAAAAUUGACGAGCUGAUGUAUUAUGAUAAUUAUGUGUUCAUUUAUUCAGUAAUUCAUGAAGCUGAAGACUGCGUGGUUCAGACUUAUUUUCCAGCUUAUUGGGAGGCGAAAAAAGAAUAUGAUAAAGGAAGUGAUGCAAAUGGACUGAUAGUAGGGAUUUUCUUGGUUUUAGGCUUAGGGUAUUAA